GUUUAAUUAGAGUGUUAGAACCUUUAUCAAAACAAUAGUUAAAACGAAAAGUAGUGAAUGUUUGUAAAAGUCACUUUAAAUUUUCACAGCCUUACAGUUGAAUAAAAAGUUGGUGCAAAAACAUUUUGUUAUUAUUGGAAAUAUAUUACCGGCGUUUGACAGUCAGCAGUUGCUAUGUCUGGUAGAAAUGAGUGUAGAAUUUAUGUCGGUAACUUGCCACCUGACAUAAGAACUAAGGACAUACAGGAUUUAUUUUAUAAAUUUGGAAAGGUCACAUUUGUGGACCUCAAGAAUCGAAGAGGUCCACCUUUUGCAUUCGUUGAAUUUGAAGAUUCUCGAGAUGCAGAAGAUGCCGUUCAUGCUAGAGAUGGAUAUGAUUAUGAUGGUUACAGGCUGAGAGUUGAGUUUCCCAGAGGUGGUGGGCCUAGUGGAUACAGAUCUCGUGGUGGAAGUAUGGGGAGUGGGAUUGGUGGGAGAGGAAGAGGUCCUCCAGCCCGAAGAUCUCAAUAUCGUGUUAUUGUGACUGGCCUUCCACCAUCUGGUAGUUGGCAAGACCUAAAGGAUCAUAUGCGCGAAGCUGGAGAUGUGUGUUUUGCAGAUGUUUUCAAAGAUGGUACUGGAGUAGUUGAAUUCUUACGGUAUGAUGAUAUGAAGUAUGCAUUUAAAAAACUGGAUGAUUCCCGUUUCAGAUCACAUGAAGGGGAAACAUCGUAUAUUCGAGUCAAAGAGGAUUAUUCAGGUUAUGGUAGAGAAAGUGAAGAUAGAAGUAGUGGUGAACGGGGAGGUAGAUCACGUAGUAGAAGUUAUUCACCACGUAGAAGGGGAUCACCAACAUAUUCACCUGUUCGUCGAAGCAGUUAUACCUCUGGUUCUCGCUCCAGAUCACAUUCACAUUCAAGAUCACGCUCUAGAUCAUAAUAAACAGAAAAGAUACAUUUUUAAAUAUUAGUUAAAACUAAGUUUAAGUAAUCACAGGGUGGAACAAUAUUGUAGGGGGUUGAUUUUUUAUUAUUAUUUUUUUCAUUUUAUUUAUUUAUUUUUUAUGAUCUAUCUGGUAUAAAAAUGAACUGGAAUUCAUUUAUUUUUGUUUUGUUUUUUCUCAUAUUUUUAUUUAUUUUUAAUUUUAAAGUAGUUAUAUGUAUAAUUACUAUUAGUCUUGUUGCAUUCCAUAGUAAUUUACAGAGUCUACAAUCAUUUUAAGGCUUUCUUUAUUUAUUAAAUUUAAAAUGUAAUUCCC